GCGGGCCGAGGGCGGGGGCCGCGAGGAAGGCAGGGCGGGCUGGGCGAACGGCGCCGCGGGGUUGGCUGCUGCCCUAAGGCCGGACUCAACGGAUUCGGGCCGCGCCACCGGGCGAGCUCGCCGCCCGGCCCAUCCCGGAGCCAGCGAGCGAGCGAGGCGACGCCGCGCGUAAUCUCUACACCCAACAUGGGGCUUGAACUCACGAUCCUGAGACCAAGAGUUGAAUGCUCUAUCAACCUGAGCCAGCCAGGCGCCCCGUGGCUUGACUUUUAAGUAGUUUUUUCUCUACUGUAUCUGUCAGAUUUGUUUGUAAAUGCAUCACGAAGAGGCAACCCAGAAUGAAGAAAGCAAGCAGGAGUGUUGGCUCAGUGCCUAAAGUGUCUGGGAUAAGCAAAACGCAAACAGUAGAAAAAACUAAACCUGAAAACAGUUCUUCAGCAUCUACAGGAGGCAAACUCGUAAAACCUGGAACAACAGCAUCAUUGUCAAAGACCAAGAGCAGUGAUGACCUCUUAGCUGGAAUGGCUGGAGGGGUGACUGUGACUAAUGGUGUUAAAGGAAAGAAAAGCACCUGCCCUUCCACAGUGUCUUCAGCAUCAGCCCCUGCCAUGACUACUGUGGAGAACAAAUCCAAGAUCAGCACAGGUACAAGUUCUUCAACCAAGCGGAGUACUUCCAUAGGUAAUAAAGAAUCUGGUUCUACUAGAGAAAGAUUACGUGAGCGUACCCGACUAAACCAGAGCAAAAAACUACCUUCUGCGGGUCAGGGAGCUAAUGACGUGGCAUUGGCCAAGCGUUCGCGCAGUCGCACAGCUACGGAAUGUGACGUUCGCAUGAGCAAGUCUAAGUCAGACAACCAAAUCAGUGACAAAGCUGCUUUGGAAGCCAAAGUGAAAGAUCUUCUCACACUGGCAAAAACCAAAGACGUGGAAAUCUUACAUUUGAGAAAUGAACUCCGAGACAUGCGUGCUCAGCUGGGCAUUAAUGAGGAUCAUUCCGAGGGUGAUGAAAAAUCUGAGGAGAAGGAAGCCAUCAUUGCUCACCAGCCAACUGACGUGGAGUCCACUUUAUUGCAGUUGCAGGAACAGAAUACUGCCAUCCGGGAAGAACUCAACCAGCUCAAAAACGAAAAUAGAAUGUUAAAGGACAGGUUGAAUGCGCUGGGCUUUUCCCUAGAGCAGAGGUUAGACAAUUCCGAAAAACUGUUUGGUUAUCAGUCCCUGAGCCCAGAAAUCACCCCUGGCAAUCAGAGCGAUGGAGGAGGGACCCUGACCUCUUCGGUGGAAGGCUCUGCCCCUGGUUCUGUGGAGGAUCUCUUGAGCCAGGAUGAAAACACCCUCAUGGACCAUCAGCAUAGUAACUCUAUGGACAACCUAGACAGCGAGUGCAGUGAGGUGUACCAGCCCCUCACGUCAAGUGAUGAUGCCCUGGAUGCACCAUCGUCCUCAGAGUCCGAAGGCCUUCCAAGCAUAGAGCGCUCCCGGAAAGGGAGCAGUGGUAACGCAAGUGAAGUGUCCGUCGCGUGCUUGACAGAACGGAUACAUCAGAUGGAAGAGAACCAACACAGCACAAGUGAGGAACUUCAGGCAACUCUGCAAGAGCUAGCUGAUUUACAACAGAUAACCCAGGAACUGAACAGUGAAAAUGAAAGGCUGGGGGAAGAGAAGGUUAUUCUCAUGGAGUCUUUAUGUCAGCAGAGUGAUAAGUUGGAACACUUUAGUCGACAGAUUGAAUAUUUCCGCUCCCUUCUCGAUGAGCAUCACAUUUCUUAUGUCAUAGACGAAGAUGUGAAAAGUGGACGCUAUAUGGAAUUGGAGCAACGUUAUAUGGAUCUAGCAGAGAAUGCCCGUUUUGAACGAGAGCAGCUUCUUGGUGUCCAGCAGCAUUUAAGCAAUACUUUGAAGAUGGCAGAACAAGACAACAAGGAAGCUCAAGAAAUGAUAGGGGCGCUCAAGGAACGUAAUCACCAUAUGGAGCGGAUUAUUGAGUCUGAGCAGAAGGGUAAAGCAGCCUUGGCAGCCACAUUAGAGGAGUACAAAGCCACAGUGGCCAGUGAUCAGAUAGAGAUGAACCGCCUGAAGGCUCAGCUAGAGAAUGAAAAGCAGAAAGUGGCAGAGCUGUAUUCCAUCCAUAACUCUGGAGACAAAUCUGAUAUUCAGGAUCUCCUGGAGAGUGUCAGGCUGGACAAAGAAAAAGCAGAGACUCUGGCUAGUAGCCUGCAGGAAGACCUAGCUCACACCCGAAAUGAUGCCAAUCGAUUGCAGGACACCAUUGCAAAGGUAGAAGAUGAAUAUCGAGCCUUCCAAGAAGAAGCUAAGAAACAAAUAGAAGAAUUGAAUAUGACAUUAGAGAAACUAAGAUCAGACCUAGAAGAAAAAGAGACAGAGAGGAGCGACAUGAAAGAAACCAUCUUUGAACUUGAAGAUGAAGUAGAACAACACCGAGCCGUGAAACUCCAUGACAACCUCAUUAUUUCUGAUUUAGAGAAUACAGUUAAAAAGCUCCAGGACCAGAAACAUGACAUGGAAAGAGAAAUCAAGACACUCCAUAGGAGACUUCGGGAAGAAUCUGCGGAAUGGCGGCAAUUUCAAGCUGAUCUCCAGACUGCUGUGGUCAUUGCAAAUGACAUUAAAUCUGAGGCCCAAGAGGAGAUUGGCGAUCUGAAGCGCCGGUUACAUGAGGCUCAAGAAAAAAAUGAGAAACUCACAAAAGAACUGGAGGAGAUAAAGUCACGCAAGCAAGAGGAGGAGCGAGGCCGGGUGUACAACUAUAUGAAUGCUGUUGAGAGAGACUUGGCAGCCUUAAGGCAAGGGAUGGGACUGAGUAGAAGGUCUUCAACUUCCUCUGAGCCAACCCCUACGGUGAAAACCCUCAUCAAGUCCUUCGACAGUGCAUCACAAGUACCAAACCCCACUGCAGCCACAAUUCCUCGGACGCCUUUGAGUCCGAGUCCGAUGAAAACCCCUCCUGCUGCAGCUGUCUCACCUAUGCAGAGACAUUCCAUAAGUGGACCAAUCUCUACAUCCAAGCCCCUGACGGCACUGACAGAUAAGAGACCAAACUAUGGGGAGAUCCCUGUUCAAGAGCAUCUAUUAAGAACAUCUUCAACCAGCCGACCCGCUUCUCUGCCAAGAGUACCUGCCAUGGAAAGUGCCAAGACCAUCUCAGUGUCUCGACGAAGUAGUGAAGAGAUGAAACGAGAGAUCUCUGCACCUGAGGGAGCGUCACCGGCCUCUCUUAUGGCUAUGGGAACCACGUCUCCACAGCUUUCUCUGUCCUCCUCUCCCACGGCAUCCGUCACCCCCACCACUAGAAGUCGGAUAAGGGAAGAAAGGAAGGACCCUCUGUCAGCAUUGGCAAGAGAAUAUGGAGGUUCAAAGAGGAAUGCCUUGCUGAAGUGGUGUCAGAAGAAGACAGAAGGUUAUCAGAAUAUUGACAUUACCAACUUCAGCAGCAGCUGGAAUGACGGGCUGGCCUUCUGCGCUCUCCUGCAUACGUACCUUCCGGCCCACAUUCCGUAUCAAGAGCUGAACAGCCAAGAUAAGCGAAGGAACUUCACACUGGCCUUCCAGGCAGCUGAGAGCGUCGGCAUCAAAUCCACACUGGACAUUAAUGAAAUGGUGCGGACUGAGCGGCCCGAUUGGCAGAGCGUGAUGCUCUAUGUGACAGCAAUCUACAAGUACUUCGAAACCUGAGCACCUCUGAAGGACUCUCCCCGUUACCAAGUGACACCAAUGCCAUUAGCUACGCACCCCGUAAAGCUUUCAGUGACUCUCUGAGCUGCCCCGCAGCGUGUGAGCCUUCAGCCGGGGCCUCUGAGUCAGGAGAACUCAGGCCUCUAUGGCCCCCGGCUCGCAGCCGGCUCCGCACACAUGACCUGUCCGGCCCAAGGUUGGCCUGGGCUCCACGCAUGUCACACGCUGUUUGCUGCCAGUUUUUUUCUGAAGAGAAUAUUGAACUGCAUUAGUGCUGUGGAGUGUGCAAACCAGCUCCUGCACAGCUAAACCUGGGAAAGUGGGUGAAACUCAGUGGGCAGCUCACGGGGGUUAGUGAAAGCUUUCACCACAGCUCUUCUCGACUGCUCGCCAGUGCGGCUUCUGUCACCCAUGAGAACCAGGCAGGGGACUCGGCGCCCGGCAGAGGUGCCUGGGGAGCAGGCUGCAGCCCUGGACGUGGAGGGCCAUGAAGUACAUCACCAUGGCCACAGGGCAGCCACCGCUUCCAUGUGGCGGGGCUGGUGUGGCCUUCGUGGUGUAGGUGUCUGCAGCUUGAGCUAACAGUGAAUUGUGACUCGAGUUCCCAGCUGGUGGUGCCCAUCACUGCUGAAGGGCUGGUUUUGCGGCUGGGCGGCCUUCAAGUGGAGGUGGCCCCUGUCCUCGGCGCUGCCAACCUGUCCUUCAGCUUGGAAGGGGCUUGGAAACCCAGGUCUGACUUUAGGUUUCUGGACAAAAGAAUUGGUUAAAAGGAGUUCUAGUUUAAAAUUUUUUUUUUUCUUAUGAGCAAUAUUGGGGGAAAAUAGCUCCUGAUCUCUUAGUACCAAAGUUAAGUUGUUUUAGUAAAGAUAGAGAUAAAACAUGAAAUCUGGACAUUAGCAUGGUGAAAGCCAGAAAUGAAGUCAGAAGUAGCAGGAGAAAAAGCCAAACACUUGGAGAGAGCCCUGCAGGGUAAUUUAAAGUCACUGAGUCACUCAGAUAAAAUCCUCCUGGGCAAGAAUUUAAGGAAGUGCCUUAAGUCUCCUUGCACGGGUACACCAGAUAGAGGGUCUUGGAGGCCACCAUGACCACAGCCACAGCAGAUAGCAUCAGGGCUGGUGGCCUGCAGCCCCGUGAUGGAGUUGGUCCCUUGCCAUGCCACCCUCCAGGUUCCAAGUGACAGGCAGCCGCACCUGCACCCCUUCUGUAUGAGGGUUUCUGUUGAGGUGACUCUCAGGCUGGGACUCAGCCCUUCUUGGGAACAGGGAUCCCACAUCUCAUGUGCACCUAACACAGUAGCUGUUGGUUUGAACAGCAUCGAGACUGGUUGCUUCUAGAAUACAACUGUGUUUGGCACCUACAAAGUAGCACAAGGAAGAGUUGCCACUGGUGGAAGCACCAUCGCUGCCCCAGCCAUAGGAUGUGAAGAAGGCUGCCUAGCCAGCAUGUGGGCCUGAGGGUUCUGUGUUCGAGCAUCAUGUUCUAGACUAGGAGUUUGAGGUGUCUAUAGCCUAGGAAGGAAUGUGGUUAUUGUGAAAUGGGCUGUGUGUGUGUGUGUGUGUGUGUGUGUGUGUGUAUGUAUGGCCUGCUGGCCCACAGUCACCAGCUGGCUGGUAAGUGCCCAUCAACCCUGCCCAGAUGUCCCAACCUGGCAGCUCUGGCUGCUGUCCUGACUUUUGUGAAAUGCCUAUUUUCAGCUAAGGAAGGAGAGGCUCAGUGAGCAGAACCCAGCCCCAGAGAGUACCAGAAGACCCUGGCGGAUACCUGUCCCCAUCCUACUUGAUCAGGUUCCGUUCUGGCUUCUGUUGCUCUGUUGACAGUUGCUCUCUGCUGUCAGAUGAGGGACUGUUAGGUAAGAAUUAUUGUUUUUUAAAUGUCUCUCCACUCAGUCUUCCCAAGUCCCACUUUUGCUCUCAUUUGCCUUCGUGGAAGCCUGUGCUCCUGUCUGGACCCAGUGUGUCUGACAUGGUUUUGUUUAUUUAUUAUUGUUGGGGGGUGCUUUUUUGUCCUAUGAAGGAGAAGACUUUCCUGGGUCUGCAGUUCACACAUCUGUUCCUUCCUAGCCAAGUGACCCAGCCCUGGCAGCUCAUGCUGGGGGACCUGGGGCUGUGCCCCCAAGGCCGCCAUUGGGGUCGGUGACAGGGAGAGGGUGGCUGCAGGAAGUGCCAGGACCGGGCCCAGCCUGUUUAAGGGCCCAUCUCUGCCUCCCUGACAAGAGGCUGUGCCAGGGUACCCAUCCAAGCCAGUUAUAUUUGCGUGUGGCUCUGCAGACGAGAAAAUUCUAGAAGCAUGACUUUUAUUUUUCUAAUAGGAUCCUUUUAACACUGUUGGCUUUAUGGGAUAAUUCUAAAUGGUCAUAAAUACCUAAAAGUGCUACUCUGAGGUGCUUUUAGUCCAGUGGCACUUGACAUGAAGCCCCCAGGAAGUCAUUUUGUCUCUUUUCCCUUUAAGCACAAGCUUUACUGCAAAAGGGCCAGUUCCAUUUCUGUAUCUCUCAACCACAGGCUUCUGCUGACUGACAGUACUUUUUUAUUUUGUUCUAUUAAAUAUUCUUGAAUGUAUUAAAAUUACUGAAACACA